AUGACACUAAAGACAUCGUCCACAUUCUCCAUCUACGACUAUAUUAUAUUUAUAAGCAGUCUAGUGUUCAGCACUCUUAUAGGAAUUUACUAUGGUUGCUUUGGAACGAAACAAGCUACAACCAAAGAAUAUCUUAUGGGAGGCAAGAACAUGAAAAUUAUUCCCAUAGCAAUAUCAGUAGCAAUAAGUCACAUUUCUGGGUCUCUGCUCAUCAUAACAGUAUCAGAAGUGUACAGAUAUGGAGCUAGUAUAAGUUUAUUUAUCGUGUCUUACAUCAUUAUGGGUUUUCUGGCAAUUUUCAUUUACUUACCAGUCUUUUUCAAAGUUCAAGUGACCAAUAUUUACGAAUACUUGGAAAAGAGAUUUGAUAAAAAGACGAGAAUGAUGGCUUUUGCGAUUUACCUUCUCUCGGAAAUUAUUAUGUUCCCUAUUAUGGCGUACGCGCCAUCUUUGACUUUUGCCACAGCUAGUGGAAUUAACCCUGCUUGGUCUGCUUUCUUCCUUUGUGUUAUCUGUGUCUUUUAUACUUCAAUCGGAGGUUUAAGGACUGUAGUUUGGACCGAUUUUCUUCAAUUUGCAAUCAUAAUGGUAUCUCUUGUUACAGUAUACACCGUAGGUGUUAGGGUAUCUGGGGGAUUUUUGUCGGUUUGGAUCACAGCACUGCAGGGUGAAAGACUACAAGCCUUCAACUUUAACGUUGAUUUUACAGCAAGAGAUAGCUUCUGGGGUUACGUAGCUGGUGGUCCAACAGCUGUAGCAGUCAUCAUCGUACACCAAACAGGAGUUCAGAAGUUUUUAAGUUUACCAAAAUACAGAGAUUGCGUUUGGUCUGUCAUCCACACUGUAAUCAGUAUGACUUUAGUACACAUCUUCUGCGUUGUCAUCGGUUUGGUAGUUUAUUCCCAGUACAAAGACUGUGAUCCUUUAACUAGUCGCAUGGUAUCAAAACACGACCAACUAUUUCCUUACUUUGUAACAGAUGUUGGUAAGCGUUUUCCAGGAGUUACUGGUCUUUUCGUAGCAGCUAUUUGCAGUGCAGCUCUCAGUUCUAUGUCUUCAAACCUGAACGCCCUCUCUGGUGUUAUUUACAAAGACGUGGUGUGUCGGUUUUUAAAGGAGCAACCUUCAGAAAAACGAGGCAGCGACAUUUUAAAAAUCAUAGUCCUGGUAGUUGGGCUCUUGUGUACCUGCUUGGUCUUUCUAAUGGAACGAAUGGGAGAAGUAUUUCAUAUCAUUUUAUCAGUUGUAGGGAUUACUCAAGGGCCUUUGUUAGGGGUUUUCUCGUUGGGGAUUCUUUUCCCAAAAGCAAAUCACAAGGGUGCCUUCUAUGGUGUAUUUAUAUAUAAACCUUGAAUUUAAAAAACCACCAGUGACAAGAAAUGUAGUUAUUCCACUGCAACGAUCCUCACCAUGACUCUUAACACUUCUUCCGUACU